AAUUUGCACUUGCAUUCAACAGGGUCUUGUAAAAGCAACAACAAAAUGUCGCAACAGUUGCUCAUAAACUGUAACAGCCGCUGUUUAGUCGCGUUCGUUGUUGUCUCUGUUGUUGUUGUUUUUGCGGAGCUAACUGAAGCCUCCGGUCAAAUUGAUGUGGACGAGGACUUAAAGCAUUUGAUCGGUCGCUGUCACCGAGAUGAUGAAAAUCUCGAGGCGUACAACGAUUGCAUGAAACAGGUGUUCAACGAUUUGCGCGCCUAUUUUACAACAGGUGUGCCUGGUUACAACAUCCAGCCAUUUGACCCGCAUCACUCAUCAUUUGUAGAGCUGCGUCGCGGCGAUCCGCAUGGCCCCGGCAGCUUUAAACUCAUUUUACGCAACGUCUCCGAAUAUGGCUGGUCGCGCUCCGAGGUGACUAAAUUUCAUAGCCAUGCCGAAGAUCAGCGCAUUGUCUAUGCGCAAUACUUUCCCGAGAAGAGCCUGGAAGGCGAAUACGAGUUCGUGGCCAAAAUGCUGGGCACAGAGCUGCGACGACAGGGCCACUGGAAUCUAACGCUCUACGACUACAGUCAAACAACGAGCGUGCGACGCGUAGGUCCACCUGGCUCGCUGCUGAAGGUGCACGUGGAGGUGGAUCGCAUUGGCGGCAUGGAGCUGCAUAUAGGCAAUCUGUUGCAGGGUCAGCCAUUGAAUCAACUGGCCGAUGGCGUCAUCAACAGCAUGUGGCAGCUGGGUUUGCCAUUUGUCCGGCCCAUGAUCAACGAGCUAGUGAGCACGGCAUUUACGGAUAUAUUCAACGAGUCCUUUCGUCACUUUCCACUCGACAAGUUUCUCAGCUAGUUUAUCAAAGAUUUU